AUGGCCUUUGACCACUCCACGUCUCACCGACGUACCGUCUUCCGCGCUUCGAGCUGGCGUGGACUCUCACAGACGGAAAAUUGGUUCAUCUUGUGCUUUUCUCUCUUUGUGAUCCACGACUCUUCUUGCCUGACACUGUCCUACAGCGGCGAUUCGUACAGCUCUGUCAACGAGGACGACGAUUUUCUCCCAAAGCCUACUGCUACACACCCACUCGGCACUCCUGAGCCGUUUCCUGGUGACCCAUGGACAGGCGACGGCCCAAACUGGGUGGGCCAUCUCCUCCUCCUCCUUCAACCAGACGCCUAUGCGUAUCAAACAACCUCCACUCCUGGUUCUCCUCCACCGGCAAAUGCACGCGCCACUCCUAUUCGCACACGGCCUCUCCCACCAGGAAGCCUCAGGAUAUACGACUAUGCCAAAGGCGGAGAUACCGUACUCGGUCUAGCCAGUCAAGUCCGACAAAAAUUUCUCGCCAGACACGCCAAGUCGGUGUCAUGGACGGCGGAGAACUCGCUUUUUGUCCUCUUCAUUGGCAUUAAUGAUCUCGCCGAGACUGCGUUCCCAGCCCGUCCGAUGAAGCAACUAUUCCAGCUUGUCAACGAGCUGUACGAUGCGGGUGCCCGAAACUUUCUCUUUAUUGAUUGCCCCCCAAUACACCGCACACCGUCAGCCGACCCAGACUUUGGUCCGGACUCGACAAGAUACGAAGACUGGAACAAGAUGCUCUUUACACACGCCAAGGCAUUUGUAACCCAACACCAAGAUUAUACAACGGCUCGGCCAUCAACAUCUUCCGACCGUACCUCCUUUUCGGCCUCGUCUAGCCAUCCGAUGCCAUUUUCCCCCGUCGAAUUGCCCAAAGGUUCUAGCCCAGCAUUCUCUCACCGGCAUACGACGUCUUCAGCCUCUUCGAAUUAUAGUGCCCAGUCGACACCGGGGAGUACGCCAUCGACACCAGGGCUCACGCCGCUCAGUACGCCAGACGGGAAUGGUGUCCUGGGGGACACAUCUGUAUUCAUAUUCUCGGCCUGGAACUCGCUCUUAUCCGUCCUUGAUUAUCCCGAGGCGUACGACUUUGAUUCAGAAGACGUGGAUCAAGCCGAGGGACCCAUCUGGAUGGAUAAUCUUCACCCGACUAGCAAAGUUCAUGCCGUACUGGCCAAGCACCUCUACGCCUUUUUGGCAGAUAUUAAAUGA